UGGAGUUUAAAAAUCAUUGGAAACUAUAGUAGCUCAGGAUAGACAGGAAAGGGGCUCAGGAUAGACAGGAAAGUGGUUCAGGACAGACAGGAAAGUGGCUCAGGACAGACAGGAAAGUGGCUCAGGACAGACAGGAAAGUGGCUCAGGACAGAUAGGAAAGUGGCUCAGGACAGAUAGGAAAGUGGCUCAGGAUAGACAGGAAAGUGGAUCAGGAUAGACAGGAAAGUGGCUCAGGACAGACAGGAAAGUGGUUCAGGACAGACAGAAAAGUGGCUCAGGACAGAUAGGAAAGUGGCUCAGGAUAGACAGGAAAGUGGCUCAGGAUAGACAGGAAAGUGAAGUGACUCAUGACAGACAGGAAAGUGGCUCAGGAUAGACAUGAAAGUGGCUCAGGAUAGACAUGAAAGUGGCUCAGGAUAGACAGGAAAGUAGCUCAGGAUAGACAGGAAAGUGGCUCAGGAUAGACAGGAAAGUGGCUCAGGAUAGACAUGAAAGUGGCUCAGGAUAGACAGGAAAGUGGCUCAAUUAAAUACGGACCCAUUCGUGUGGCAAUUAUUGUGCAGGAAUAGCUGUACGUGGUUAUUGUUGUGUGGGAAAUAAUUUGCAUAUUUCAUUUCAUCAUAUUCCCUUGCAUUAAUUUUAGAACCUUGUUCAGCGCGUUCCCUAUAGUUGUAUGUUAAGUGCAUAAAAUAAAACCGAGUUACGUACACCAAAUUGUAUUGUAUCAAGUGCGCAUAGAAGAAUUUUUUUUUUACAAUACGCAACAUGCGUAAAGGUGCUGUAUUCCUGAUUGUUGGACUUCAAGUACAAAUAAACUGGACACACCGUGCAAGCAAAGAGAGCUGGUUGUUUAUACAUACUUAGCAAUGAUUAUUUGUGAGACUCAGCUGUCUACAACCAAGUGGUCCAGUGUGGACAUGUGGUCAUACAAGUAUUGGACUGUCACAUUCAGUGACAGUAGGUUUUAACCAUUACUGACAGUAGGAAUUAACCGUUACUGAAAGUAGGACCUAUCCGUUACUGUCAGAAGGACCUAACCGUUACCUACAGUAGGACCUAACAAUUACUGACAGUAGGACUUAACCGUUACUGACAGUAGGACCUAACCGUUACUGAUAGUAGGACCUAACCGUUUUUGACAGCAGGACCUAACCAUUACUGACAGCAGGACCUAACCGUUACUGACCACAGGACCUAACCGUUACUGACCGCAGGGCCUAACCGUUACUGACAGCAGGACCUAACCAUUUUUGACAGUAGGACCUAACCGUUACUGACAGUAGGACCUAACCGUUACUGACAGUAGGACAUAACCAGUAGGACCUAACCGUUACUGACAGUAGGACCUAACCGUUACAGGCAGUAGGACUAACCGUUACUGACAGGAGGACCUAACCGUUACUGACAGUAGGACCUAACCGUUAAUGACAGUAGGACCUAACCGUUACUGACAGCAAAACCUAACCGUUACUGACAGGAGAACAUAACCGUUACUGACAGUAGGACCUAACCGUUACUGACAGUAGGACGUAACCGUUACUGACAGUAGGACCUAACUGUUACUGACAGUAGGACAUAACUGUUACUGACAGUAGGACAUAACCGUUACUGACAGUAGGACCUAACCGUUACUGACAGUAGGACAUAACUGUUACUGACAGUAGGACAUAAUCGUUACUGACAGUAGGACCUAACCGUUACUGACAAUAGGACCUAACCAUUACUGACAGCAGGACCUAACCGUUACUGACAGCAGGACCUAACCGUUACUGACAGCAGGACAUAACCGUUACUGACAGUAGAACCUAACCGUUACUGACAAUAGGACCUAACCAUUACUGACAGCAGGACCUAACCGUUACUGACAGCAGGACCUAACCGUUACUGACAGCAGGACUUAACCGUUACUGACCGCAGGACCUAACCGUUACUGACCGCAGGACCUAACCGUUACUGACCGCAUGACCUAACCGUUACUGACAAUAGGACCUAACGUUACUGACUGUAGGACAUAACCGUUACUGACAGUAGGACCUAACCGUUACUGACAGUAGGAGCUAACCGUUACUGACAUUAGGACCUAACCGUUACUAACAGUAGGAGCUAACCGUUACUAACAGUAGGACCUAACCAUUACUGACAGCAGGACCUAACUGUUACUGACAGUAGGAGCUAACCGUUACUAACAGUAGGAGCUAACCGUUACUGACAGUAGGAACUAACCGUUACUGACAGUAGGACCUAACCGUUACUGACAGUAGGAGCUAAAACGUUACUAACAGUAGGACCUAACCAUUACUGACAGUAGGACCUAACCGUUACUGAAAGUAGGACCUAACCGUUACUGACAGUAGGACCUAACCGUUACUGACAGUUGGACAUAACCGUUACUGACAGUAGGACCAAACCGUUACUGACAGUUGGGCAUAACCGCUACUGACAGUAGGACCUAACCGUUACUGACAGUUGGACAUAACCGUUACUGACAGUAGGACCAAACCGUUACUGUGUCAGCAGCUCUUCUUGUAUUUGGACGACUCUUGACUUUACCUUCCCUUUUUUGAAAAAACACAAAUAGCCCUCAAAUGGAGUGAUUAUUUGAGACAAGUUUGGGAUGAUCUACUCACACUAUAUUUAAAUACAACACACGUACUUACACCAUACACCUGUCACCUGAGUAUGAUAUAAAUACUCGUGUUGUACUGAAAUUGUACCGAACAAUGGAAUGGUCUCUAUUCCCAGGCUCCCGCCAAGAUCUGGUUGACCAUCUUCAUCACAACAUAUCAUGACUACGUCAUAUCUUAAAAGAUAAAAAAACAUUGUAGUUUAAUUAAUUUGAUUUUUUUUUUAAAUCUUAACAUAUGGAUAUGCAAUUCGUUUUCUCUUACUAUCGCCAGAGACUUCAGAAUGGGCGACAACAGUCUCAAGUGGGUAACACUGUUCCGGUUGAUCGUCCACGUGUCCAAGAUGAAACGGAAGUCGUGGCUGAAGUGCAUCGUCCUCGGCAGCCUCACAUGCAUAAGCUUGACCUUCGCCCUCCACAUGAUGAAGAUAAGUCCCCUUGACAUAUCCAUGCUAGCCAGAGACAACUGGUCCGCGAACACAUGGACCACCCGGAAAUCCAUUCUUUCGGAGAUACAAUCGGAAAGCAGUGACGUUCGGGACGGGUUCAAUUUCUCUCAAAACUUUCUUCCUGCGGGUGACAAGGAAGACAACUUCUACAUGACGUCAAUGUGCACGCAGGAUGUGACGUCAAAUUCUGCGCAGCUUCCAAAAGUAACGAUCAUUUAUUCUCUGCACGAGUUCCGCGCGAGCCAGCAGGCCACCGAGUUUCUGCGGCAGAACUUGGCGGCCCUUCCGGUCGACGUCACAGAUGACAUCAUCGUGACGGCAGACCCAGACCAGCCUUUGGCGGAAAAAGAAGGUGUGGAGGACUUCCUGGAUGGCUGCAGCAUUUGCCGUCUGUUCUUUGUGGACGGCACCAUAUACGACCAUAGAAACUUCGCGUCACGUUUUGCGCGGAAUGACAUUCUUGUUUUCGUCGACGCCAGGAUUCUGCCGACUAAAGAUUGGCUGCAGCCGCUGCUGUUCAACUUCAACGACACGAAACGGAUCGUCUGCCCCACGCUGCACACACGCUACGAGGACGGGAGCGCAAAUUCUUUUGGCGUCGCUUUAAACGAGAUCACGUGGAGCCUAAACGUGAUCAGAGCGGGUCUUGAUGGUAAGCUGCUGGAGACGGCUCGAGAGUACAACCAGACAUUCGUGGCCCAGACCGCCAUCACAAAGGAGGUGUUCGCCAUCAGUAAAGAAUUCUUCCGUGAGCUCGGACAGUUCGACACGCGGGCCAAUAUCUCUGGGGGCGAGGACGUCAUGUUCUCGUUGAAAGCCAUCAACUGCGGGGGGCGGGUCGUCCUGGCGCUCUGCUCCACCGUGUACCUCAACAUUCAGAGAGAAACUGUCGCAGAGUUCAGCCUGAGCCCGUUCCUUGAUUUUCGCAACCCUUCAUUCGACACGCCCUCGGCCGGAUACUCCAAUGAACUUUACUCCCAGGCACUCGCCAAGAUCUGGUUGGACAUCUUCACCAAAAAAUAUCACACCUGCGUCAUAUCCAAGGGGAUUGACUUGACGGUCGUGAACCGCAGCCCCGUGCAGUCACCGUCCAACAUCCGUUACCUCAACAGGGACAGUUCCCUCGUGCUGACCCCAAAUGGCCAGCGCCUCAGGUUGGAGGCCGAUGUCAACAAACGCAUGGGGAUUCUUCAGUGCGAGACGAAAAACUUCCGCUACCUGAUAAUUCGUCACCAGCCGCGCAUGGUUGCGCCCACCAAGUACGCGCGCUUUUACGGCUACAUUCGAACGCUGGAUGGAAUGUCCUCCGUCGGUCUGUUGACAAAUGAGUCCCUAGACGUUGUAGCGAAUCCCUCACCUGCGAUGACAGUCAUUCCUGGGAAUUUAGUCCUAACCAGAAAUGCUUCCAUGUGGGUAGGCCCGUUCUCUUACACCAACGGUGCCUUUAUUUACCACCACAGUUGGUGCUUGACAUUGACGCCGGACAAUUUGUUUGCCUUGAAAAAGUGCGUCGCCGGUACGGGAGCCCAGCUCUUCUCAUUCGCAAAUCACGUCAUACGCCCGCAAGCCGAGGCGGAAAGAUGUGCAUGCGCCAAAGAACUCUUGCACACUUCCGGACAAUUAUUUUUAUCCCGCUGCGCUGAGAGUGGCGACGUAGGUAGAUUUAAGUUAGACGUUGAGUUUAAAGAAAAAUGUAUUAAAUGAUAAAAUGGAUUUUU